AUGAAUAAUUCGUCAGCUCAUUCGCAAAGUGUGGAGGGUACUCAAUCUACACAAAGAAAUGGUAGGUGUGGUACAUGUAUGGCAAAGUUGAAACGUAAAUAUAUGAUAGGUAAGAAGUUAUCGAUUGAUUUAGAUCCAUUGACUAGAUUACCUUCGCGGAUAAAUAGGAAAAACUUUAAGGGUCAUGUUGCUUCCCUUGCUCGAAGCUUUGUCAGUAUUUUGGUGGAUAAUUGGGAUGACGUAGAUAGCGACUUGAAAAAUCAGAUAUGGGAAGCUAUUAAGAUGAAAUGGGAUAUUCCUGAUUCUGAUUUUUUGAAAAAGAAAUGGAUUUCAUAUGCUGGUGAACGUUGGAGGGCAUUUAAAACUAGUUUAGCAUCCAGAUAUUUAAAUGGUGGGAAUUUGAGUCACAAGUCUCCUCUUGAGGCAUAUACUUAUCUUGAUAAGGACAUAUGGAAGGCGUUUGUUCAGAAGCGACAGGAUCCUUCCUUUGUGGAGAAACGAAAGAAGGCACAAGUGAUCCAAUCUCAUAAUAAAUACCAUCACCUAAUGUCUCGUGGGGGAUAUGAGUUGCUUACUGAAAGAUUGAUCAAUGAAAAAAUAAAGCAAAGACAAGAAUCAUUUGGUAAUUCAAUACUUGCACCUCCAUCUCCACCAUCACGCCAUGAAAAAUGGAACAGAGCCCGACAACAGCCAUCGGGAGAUUACUCAUCAGAAGAUGCUCGUGUCAUUGCAGAAAAAAUUGUAACACAAGUAGUUCAAGUGAUCAAUGGUGGUGGUUUCAUAAACUAGCCCUGGUUGAAAUGGUUCAGAUGUUGUUAUUUCUCUGCUCCAUAGUCAUAAGGUGUUGCAACUGACCCUGAAUCCGUGGAUUCAUUGGUUGAACAAACGUCUCAAGGAACCUUUGUUCCACAUCGACGUACAAAUAUCUUGCCAGCGGCCAUUGGGAAACCUAAGCACCCUGGUCGUGUUCGUGUUGUUGGUCGAGGUGUGGGGAUUCGACAAUACUUUGGAUCUCGUUCUCAUUAUGCCUCUACCCCACCAGCUUUCAGUAGCCACCAAAUAGAGGAGCUUACUAACGUGAUUAAAAAUAAAGUGUUGUUGGAGCUAUCACAACAAAACCCAAAUUUGUUCAUGAAGAGAAGUUUUUCUGUUGAAUUACCUAUACCAGAGGAUGAGGACGAUGAUAUUCCAGAACAGUGUAAAUUGUAUGUUGAUAACAAUGAUUUUGUAGUAGCAUAUGCUGAUGCGUACAAGUUAGGGCCCACCUUACACAAUCAGUUGUUAGAUAAUGAUAUGGUUAGGGUGUUGGUUACCAAGGUUUUAGAUGCAAAUGAUCAAGUACAUAUACCCACUGAUGAGGUGACAACAGUUGGUCAUGCUUCAAAUACUUUCAUUCAAUGGCCAAAAAGACUUUUGCGGCUUGUUUCU